AUGGCUUGGCUCCUUUUCAGAACCACAGGGGCUCUGGCCAUUUUAAUGGUGGUCCUUUUGGUUCAUGGAGAAUUGAGAAUAGAGACAAAAGGACAACAUGGAGAAUAUGAGACAGCGGUACAAGGCAAAAGGAGAUACAAACGUGAAUGGGUGAAAUUUGCAAGACCCUGCAGAGAAGAAGAAGACAACUCAAAAAGAAAUCCAAUUGCCACAAUUACUUCAGACUUCAAAGCAACCCAGAAUAUUACCUACCACAUUUCUGGAAUAGGAGUGGAUCAGCCCCCUUUGGGAAUCUUCAUUGUUGACAAAUACACUGGAGAAAUUAACAUAACAGCCAUAGUUGAUCGUGAGGUAACCCCAAGCUUCCAAAUUACCUGUCGUGCUCUCAGUGUCCUGGGACAAGAUGUAGAGAAACCAUUUAUACUAACAGUCAAAAUUUUAGAUAUAAAUGACAAUGCUCCAGUGUUCUCACAAAGUGUGCUCACGGGUGAAAUUGAAGAAAAUAGUGCUUCGAACUCACUGGUGAUGAUCCUAAAUGCCACAGAUGCAGAUGAGCCAAACCACUUGAACUCUAUAAUUGCCUUCAAAAUUAUCUCUCAGGAACCUGCAGGCACACCCAUGUUCCUCAUAAGCAGACACACCGGAGAAGUCCACACUUUGACCAGUUCACUUGAUCGAGAGCAAGUUAGCGAGUAUCAUCUGGUUGUGAGUGGUACAGACAAAGAUGGAGAAGGACUUGCGGCACAAUGUGAAUGUAGCAUUAAAGUGAAAGAUGUCAACGAUAAUAUCCCAAGCUUCACAGAAUUGCAGUAUUCAGCAAGUAUCAAGGAAAACACUUUAAGUUCUGACUUGCUUCGAUUUCAAGUAAUAGAUUUGGAUGAAGAAUUCACAGAUAAUUGGCUUGCAGAGUAUUUCUUUACCUCUGGAAAUGAUGGGAACUGGUUUGAAAUACAAACUGAUCUCACAACUAAUGAAGGCAUCUUGAAGGUUGUUAAGUCUCUAGAUUAUGAAGAACUACAAACUUUGCAACUUGGUAUCGCCGUCAAAAACAAAGCUGAAUUUCACAAAUCAAUUAUCUCUCGAUACACAGUCCAGUCAACCUCACUCAUAAUCAAAGUAAUAAAUAUGAGGGAAGGACUUGUAUUCCGUCCUGCUUCCAAGACAUUUACUGUCCAAAAAGGCAUAAGCGGUAAAAACCUGAUCAGUUAUAUCGUGGGAUCAUAUCAAGCCAUUGAUGAAGACACUGGCAAAGCUGCCUUAUUUGUCAAAUACACCUUGAGACGUAAUGACGGUGGUUUGCUAACUAUUGAUUCAAACACUGCUGAAAUCAAAUUUGUCAAAAAUACUGUUCGGGAUGUUGCUGUCAUAGUUAACAAGACAAUCACAGCUGAGGUUCUGGCCACAGAUGAAAAAACAGGUGAAACUGCUACAGGCACCAUAUUUGUCCGACUACCUGAUUUUAAUGACAAGUGUCCAACAAUUGUCCUGAAAAAGAAAACAACCUGUAGUUCAUCACCCUCCGUGGUUGUCACAGCUAAAUCACCGGACAACCAUGACUAUACUGGCUCCUACACAUUUUCACAGGACAAUCAAAUUAUAAACGUGCCAGUGUGGACGAUCACAAAACUUGAUGGCACCUCUGCAACCCUAACAACUCUGCAGCCGGUAUAUCCCCGUGUGUACAGAAUCUCCCUGGUCGUCACGGACGACAAGGGCACAUGGUGUAAGACCCCGGAGAACUUGACUCUGGAAGUCUGUCUGUGUGACAACAAUAACAUCUGUAAAACUUCGCCCCCGACCACAACCCCUGAGCCCGUUAAGACGCCUGGGAGGCUGGGGCCUGCCGCCAUCGGCCUACUGUUCCUCGGUCUUUUGCUGCUGCUGUUGGCCCCCCUUCUGCUGUUGACCUGUUACUUUGGGACCGGUCCUAUCGGGGGAGUGUCGGGUGGAUUCAUGCCAGUGCCUGAUGGUUCAGAAGGAGCAAUUCGUCCGUGGGGAAUCGAAGGAGCCCAACCUGAAGACAAGGAAAUCGCAAAUAUCUAUGUGCCACCUAUAACUGCCAAUGGAGUUGAUUACAUGGAAAAUUCUGAAGUUUUUACAAAUACAUGCACUGGAGGGACGGUGAUGGAAGGAGCUUCGGGAAUGGAAGUGACCACCAGGAUUGGAGCAGCUGCAGGAUCUGGAGCCGCUGCAGCAUUCGGAGCAGCCGCUGGACUUAGCAACUGUUCCGCAGGAUGGUCCGGAACGAUGAGAACAAGGCAUUCCAUGGAAGGAACCAACAUGGACUAUGGUGAAGGGGCAAUAAACAUGAACUUCCUAGACUCCUACUUUUCUCAGAAAGCAUUUGCCUGUGCCGAGGAAGACGAUGGCCAGGAAGCAAACGAUUGCUUGCUGAUCUAUGAUAACGAAGGAAAAGGUGCCCCUGGUUCUCCCGUCGGCUCCCUGGGUUGUUGCAGUUUUAUUGCUGAUGAGUUUGAUGACAGCUGCUUGGACUCACUCAGUUCCAAAUUUAAAAAACUUGCAGAGAUAAGCCUUGGGAUGGAUGAUGAAGCCAAAAACUCUCAGCCACCCACCAAAGAGAGUGGCUCUGGGAUUGAAUCCCGUGGCCAAUCCGUACAAGUCCAGCAGUCAGAAUCUGUUAGGUACCAGAUUUUGCCAGGCAGCCAGGGAGCGUCUGCUGUGUCUGCUUCUGGCUCUGUCCUCCAGCCAGCCAUUUCCAUCCUUGACCCUUUGCAGCAUGGUAGCUAUUUGGUAAUGGAGACUAGCUCAGCUGCUGGUUCCUACGUGCAGCCUUCCACUGCAGUCUUUGAUCCACUUCUCACAUAAAAUGUAAUAGUGACGGAAAGAGUGAUUUGUCCCAUUUCCAGUGUUCCUGGCCACCUACAUGGUCUGGCAGAGCUACAAGGGUCAGGUCGUAAAAUCUGUACAGAAGAUCCUUGUUCCCUUCUGAUGUGA